UUUGUUAAACAUCGCGUACACGUUUGAAAACAUCUUUUGAAUUGUAAAGUUGGGGUUACAAUAGAUUGUACUUUAUAACUUUCAAUUUUUGUAUAUUUCCCGUUAAUUUAUUAUUCUUGCAGUUCAGUUUUAAGAAAAGUCAAAUGCGUUGUUCGUCGUAUUUGUUAAGUGCAGAACCAGUUAUUCAAGUUUCAUUGACACUCAUUAUUAAUCUCCUUCGCUAUGGAAGAGGCAGAAGAAAAUAUCAGGGAUAUAUCAUUAAAAAAUAAGAGGAACAGAAAUAUUACGGAAAAUAGUGCAGGUUGGCACAAUGAUACUUUAUUCAAUGAAGCUAUAAUGGAAUUUGAUCUCUUCGAUAACGAGGAUUGUAAACUGGAGGGUAAUACAGAGGUCAAGGGACACGAUUAUUGUUUUAAAAAACCCAUUGAAGGGGCAACUGCUACAUUGACCCACGUUGAUUUUGUUAACAAUGAUGUUAAGAAUACUUAUGAUUUGAAUUUACAAGUUUCUUUAAAUCAUUCCUCUCUGAAAGUAUGUACAAAUACUUUAAAAGAAAGUACCAAAAAGGAAGUAUUAUCAAACCUAUCAGAAAAUGAAAUUCCAAUAAUCGAGGACCUUGCAGUUUAUAAAUUAUCUCACUCCACUCCGAAAAUAUAUGAAACAAAUUCUGUCAACAGUGUUCAUGCCACUUUGCCUAAUACUCUAAAGCAUAAAUCGUUAACUGAAGAAGGUAAUCAUUCCCUGAAAAGAAAAUUUCUGACUGAUAGUUUUAAUUUAAGUAUACCGAACUUUCUUGAAAGAAGCUUCGAUAUUCCUACGCCUUGCUCUUUGAAUAACAGCACAGAUGAACAGAAAACUUUUUAUGGUUUGCCUUCGAGGAUCAAAACAUUAAUUCAAAAGGUGAAAGGAAUUAGUGAAUUAUACCAAUGGCAAGACGAGUGCUUAAAUUUGCAAGCUGUUAAAAGUCGGAAGAACUUAAUAUAUGCACUUCCCACAAGCGGAGGUAAAACGUUAGUUGCAGAAAUGUUAAUGCUUAGAGAAAUUGUGUGUAAUAGAAAGAAUGUGCUAUUUGUGUUGCCGUUUGUUGCGCUUGUACAAGAAAAAGUUCGAUCGAUGUCACCCUUCGCUCUUGAAUUAGGUUUUUUAGUAGAAGAAUAUGCUGCUGGCAAAGGAAUCUAUCCACCUAGGAAGAGGCGUAGAAAAAAUAGUAUAUACAUAUGUACAAUUGAAAAGGCUCUAGGCCUUGUAAAUAGUCUCAUUGAGCAAAACCGGUUGAAGGAGAUUGGCAUUGUAGUUGUCGAUGAGUUACACUUAUUGGGUGAAGAUGGUGGCCGCGGUGCCAAAUUAGAAACUUUAUUAACAAAAGUUAUAUUUACUGAUGAGAAUGUACAUGUAAUCGGAAUGAGUGCAACGAUAGGAAAUCUGCAAGACUUGGCAAAGUUCUUGAAUGCCGAGAUUUACACACAAAAUUUCAGACCUAUUGAAAUCAAGGAAUACGUCAAAUGUGAGAGUGACAUAUGGCUAUUAAAUUUAAAAGAGGAAGAAAUAUUCACUGACAGGAAGACAGUAAAUUAUCAGUAUUCAAAAGCUGCAACUAAAAUAGAUCCAGACAUGAUUGGCGGUCUAGUAAAAGAUGUAAUACCCGCAGACUCGUGUCUAAUAUUUUGUUCAAAUAGAAAAAAUUGUGAAAACGUAUCAUUGUUAUUAACAAGAAUCUUGCCUAAGUUCAUCGAAGAGCAUAAAAAGGAAGAAAAAAUAAAACUGUUAAAUUCUCUUCGAUUGCUAACAGAAAAUACAAUAUGUCCUGUAUUAAACAAAUCCAUUAGAUUUGGUAUAGCUUACCACCAUUCGGGCCUAAUGGCAGAAGAAAGAAUAUUAUUAGAAGAUGCAUUUAGAGGAGGAACCAUAUGUGUCAUUUGUUGCACUUCUACAUUGGCUGCCGGUGUCAAUUUACCAGCGAGAAGGGUAAUACUACGUACUCCAUACGUUGGAAAUCAGUUCUUAACUUUGAGCCGAUACAAACAGAUGAUAGGUAGAGCUGGAAGAGCUGGAUUGGGAGAGAUUGGCGAAAGUAUACUUAUAUGUAAACCCCAAGAAAUCUCAAAGGUCAGGGCACUCCUUACGUCGAAGAUGGAUGAUUCUCUGAGUACAUUACACAAGGAAGAAGAUCGCGGUAUUUACAACUUAAUUUUAAGUUCUGUUUUACUUUCAUUGGCUACAACACGGUCAGAGUUACACAAACUGAUGUCAAAGACCCUGUUAAGUGUGCAAGAAGGAACAUUGGGUGUUAAUACUAAAAAGGUUACCGACAAAGCUAUAGCUGAGUUGGUCAAAACAGGAGUACUUUGUGUGAAUCAACAACAAGGGAAGGGAACUCUCGUUGAUUCCAAUGUAACUGUUGUCUUUCCUACUCAAGUUCCUACCGAUUCACCACAAGCAGUCUCUCCACAAAAUAGCAAGUCUAUUAUAUUAAAAAGCUCGACUGUAUUAGACGUCAGCUAUUUGGGGAAAGCUGCUAUGAAAGGAUCGAUAGACUUAAGUACUGCCUACGUGCUGUACGAAGACUUGAAAACAGCCCAGAAACAUUUAGUACUUCUUGACUCGUUACACCUUUUGUACCUAAUCACGCCUUAUGAGUUGGCUAGUCAGAUAACCCCUGUAGGCUCUGUAUAUUACGACGUGGUCACCAAUUUGUCACAAAUUCAAAUGGAAACUUCAAGAUUAUUAGGUCUUGAUGAGGCUGUUAUAACGAAGAUACGUGAUGGAAUAUUAUCAAAGGGUAUCGAUCCCAGAGUUGUACAGAGAUUCUAUUUGACUCUUAUGUUACACGAAUUAUGGAAUCAAGAGUCAGUCUACGUUGUUGCUGACAAAUAUCAAGUACAUCGAGGAACUAUCCAAAAUUUGUUAAAUGCAACUUCUUCGUUUGCUUACUCCGUAGUUCGAUUUUGCGAAGAGUUAGAAGAAUUUUGGGCAUUUAGGGAUCUGUUAACAACAUUCAGUAAGAAAUUGUCAUGCUGUUGUUCCAGUGAGUUGGAGUCGUUGAUGGAACUUCCUUCUGUCAAAGUGGGCAGAGCACGUCAACUAUAUAAUGCAGGAUAUAAGACUUUAAAAUCGAUAGCACAAGCCGAUGGGAAAGAAUUAUAUACGAAAAUAGAACAUUUGCCUAAGAAAACAGCUGCGCAAAUUAUUGCAGCUGCUAACUUAUUACUGUUGGAGAAAGUGGAAAGCCUUAGAGAUGAAGCUGAAGAAGUUCUGGAAGGUUUGGAUAUUUUUCAUGCGUAGCAGUUUUAUUGCUAAGCAUCCGUGUUUUGUAAAAAAUUACUAUGUCUAGCACAGUAACCCCGCUGCCAAUUCUACGUUACUUACCGAUAAGGUGAAAGGUACAGUGGGUCUUCUCGCGACGUUCCAUCUCGGAUU